CUGAUUUCCUGAACCCUUAAUUCCGACAAAAUUUGUACACUUACAAAAAGCUACAUUAAGAUGUCUAAAGGAACGCAGAGGUAUAUAAGUUUGGCAGGAUCCAUGAUGCGGAGUUUUCACACCGCGCGCUUUCCACGAUGUGAUAAAACACAAAUGUCGAAUUUCGACAAGGGUAUACCAUUGCCCUACAAGAAGUUAAGGGAGACCUUAAAUUGUGUCAAGACUAAACUUACUGGACCAUUGACUUUGUCUGAGAAGGUUUUAUACUCACAUUUGGAUGAACCGGAUACCCAGGAAAUCGAAAGAGGCAAAUCCUACCUACGAUUGCGACCAGAUCGUGUUGCUCUGCAGGAUGCCACUGCUCAGAUGACAUUGUUGCAGUUCAUUUCGUCGGGCUUGAAGAAGGUAGCUGUUCCGUCCACAGUGCAUUGUGAUCAUUUGAUCGAAGCUCAAAUAAGUGGCGAUAAGGAUUUGGCAAGAGCCAAGGAUCUCAACAAGGAGGUGUAUGAUUUCCUAUCCUCUGCGUGUGCGAAAUAUGAUUUGGGUUUCUGGAAGCCAGGCAGUGGCAUCAUCCAUCAGAUUAUUUUGGAGAAUUAUGCUUUUCCGGGUCUGUUGAUGAUCGGUACUGAUUCUCAUACCCCCAAUGGCGGUGGUUUGGGUUGCCUUUGCGUUGGUGUCGGUGGUGCUGAUGCCGUAGAUGUGAUGGCAAAUAUUCCCUGGGAACUGAAGUGCCCAACUGUGAUUGGCUGUCAUCUCACCGGGAAGAUCAGUGGCUGGACAUCGCCCAAGGAUGUGAUUCUAAAGGUGGCCGAGAUCCUGACCGUCAAAGGAGGAACAGGUGCCAUUGUGGAGUAUUAUGGACCAGGUGUCGAAUCCAUUUCCUGCACCGGUAUGGCAACCAUAACUAACAUGGGAGCUGAAAUCGGUGCAACUACAUCCAUUUUUCCCUUUAACGAACGAAUGAUCAGCUAUUUGUGUGCCACGGGUAGAGGUGCAAUCGCAGAGGCGGCAAAGAAAAAUAAAGAUAUGCUUGUGCCAGACGAGGGCUGCAAGUACGACAAGGUUAUCGAGAUCAAUUUGGAUACCCUGGAACCCCUAGUGAAUGGGCCAUUUACACCGGAUUUGGCUCACCCAAUUAGCAAACUGGGCGAAAACUCGGAAAAGAAUGGCUAUCCGAUGGAUAUUAAAGUGAGUCUGAUUGGUUCCUGCACGAAUUCUUCGUACGAAGACAUGGGCCGAUGUGCCAGCAUUGCCGAGGAUGCUUUGAGCCACGGCCUUAAAUCUUGUGUUCCCUUUAACGUUACACCGGGAUCGGAACAAGUUCGGGCCACCAUUGCCAGGGAUGGAAUUAUAAAAAUUCUUGAAAAUUUCGGUGGAACGGUGCUGGCGAAUGCCUGUGGUCCCUGCAUUGGCCAAUGGGAUCGCAAGGAUGUGAAGAUGGGCGAAAAGAACACUAUUGUUACAUCUUAUAAUCGUAACUUCACCGGUCGUAAUGAUGCCAAUCCGGCUACACAUUGUUUUGUUACCAGUCCAGAAAUGGCCACGGCUUUGGCCAUCGCAGGACGUUUAGAUUUUAAUCCCUUAACGGAUGAACUUCAGGGUAAGGAUGGUAAAAUGUUUAAACUAAAGGAACCGCACGGCGAGGAAUUACCUGCCAAGGGCUUUGAUCCCGGUGAGGACACCUAUCAGGCUCCACCAGAGAAAGGUGAUGAUGUCAAGGUAAAUGUAGAUCCCAAAUCGGAUCGACUACAAAUCCUCGCUCCUUUUGAGAAAUGGGAUGGCAAGGACUACAUUGAUUUGCUGGUUUUGAUCAAAAUCAAGGGCAAGUGCACUACGGAUCAUAUCAGUGCCGCUGGACCAUGGCUGAAGUAUCGGGGUCACUUGGAUAAUAUAUCUAAUAAUAUGUUUAUCGGAGCCACCAAUGCUGAGAAUAACGAGAUGAACAAGGUGAAGAACCAGAAAUCCGGAAAGUUUGAUGCUGUUCCAGCGGUAGCCCGGGAUUAUAAGGCUAACAAACUAAGGUGGUGCGCUGUGGGUGAGGAAAACUACGGUGAGGGAUCCUCGAGGGAACACGCCGCUCUGGAACCUCGUCACUUAGGUGGUGUGGCCAUUAUUGUGAAAUCAUUUGCCCGAAUCCACGAGACUAAUCUCAAGAAACAAGGCAUGCUCGCUCUGACCUUUGCCAAUCCCGGUGACUAUGAUAAAAUCCAGCCAUCAAGCAAGAUCUCGCUGCUUAAUCUCAAGGAUUUGGCACCAGGAAAGCCAGUAGAAGCUGAGAUCAAGAACAAUGGUGGCGCCGACAAGAUCCAACUGAACCACACCCUUAACGAGCAGCAGAUACUGUGGUUCAAAGCUGGCAGUGCCUUGAAUCUGAUGAAAGAACUGGCCACCAAAGGUGGCGAAAAGAAGUAAUUUCCAACUUUCUGGCAGAGAAUAUUUUCAGUUUUACACUUGGUAUUAAUUAAACAAAAUUAAAAAGUUGUUUUCACUUGUAAAAACAUGAAAAAUAAAUACUUCAUGAUUCGAGUGCCUAGCAAUGGGUAUUGGUUUUAUUUUUCAGAGUUUAAUAUUAGUUUCUUAUGAUGGAAUGUUACUC